GCAGUACUUAAAACGUGUGAGGGUCUCGUUAAGCGGAGUUCCGCUGCUUCCACGCAGUUGAGAGAGCACCGCUCAUCCACACCGCAGUCAUCACCGUGAACCCGUUGUGAGUCUCUCUUGGAGUGACGAUGGCAGAGAGCUCGCACUGUUUCUAUUGUCGGGAGGAUCUUGCGGGGAAGAGGUUCGUCCGCAACGAAGGCAGGCCGGUGUGCGUCCGCUGCCACACCAAGUUCUGCGCCAAUUCCUGCGCCGAGUGCCAUCGACCCAUCCCUGUCGAAUCAAAGGAGCUCAGCCAUAAGGGCCGCUACUGGCAUGAGGAGUGUUUCCGUUGUGUGAAGUGUUACAAGCCUCUGGCUAAGGAGCCCUUCAGCACCAAGGAUGACCGCAUCAUGUGUGGGAAGUGCUGCUCCAGAGAGGAUGCUCCACGCUGCCAUGGCUGCUAUAAAGCAAUACUGGCUGGUACAGAGAGUGUGGAGUACAAAGGGAACUCCUGGCACGAUGAAUGUUUUACCUGUUUUAACUGUAAACGAACAAUAGGAUCGCUGAGUUUCCUCUCCAAAGGAAGUGACGUUUACUGUAGCCCCUGCUAUGACAAGAAGUUCGCCAAACACUGCGUCUGCUGCAAAAAGGCUAUAACCUCUGGAGGAUUGAACUACCAGGACCAGCCGUGGCACAGCCACUGCUUUGUGUGCAGCUCGUGCUCAAAACCUCUAGCAGGGUCAAGUUUCACCAACCACCAGGACCAGGUCUUCUGUGUCGACUGCUACAAGAGCUCCGUGGCAAAGAAAUGCAGCGGCUGCCAAAACCCCAUCACAGGUUUUGGUAAAGGAGUGAAUGUGGUGAACUAUGAGGGCAGCUCCUGGCAUGAAUACUGCUUCAACUGUAAGAGAUGCUCCCUCAGUCUGUCCAACAAGCGCUUCGUAGCCAAGGGGAAAGACAUCCUCUGCGCCGACUGUGGCAACAAGUAGUGAUGAAGAGCCUGGUCAUUGGGUCAACAGUGGUUUAUAGUCGUAUUGUCUUUUUGUUUCUUUAUUUUUACAUGAAGGGUUAGAGUCCCCAUUUCAAUAUUCUAUUAACUACUAAGUGUGAGUUUUUGGGAGAUUACCCAUGAAGUGAUAGAAACAUUGGGACCAAAAUGUCAUUUGUGUCCACUGUUGAUCAUUUGCUCCGAUGCUGCAUGCUAACACAAAAACAUACACUGUGCUGAGUGAUGGUAGUGACUAGCUGUGUCCUACAAGUCCUCGAAAGAUAAAUAGUAUGCAAGUCUGGUUUCCUGUAGGAGGCUUGUAUCACAUAAAAUCAGUGUUGUAAUGUAACAAAGUACAAAUACUUCACUACUGUACUUAAGUAGAAUUUUCACGUAUCUGUACUUUACUUCGUUAUUUAUGUUUCCGGAAACUUUAACUUUUACCCCACUACAUUUCCUACAUAAAAGGUUUACUUUUACUCCACUACAUUUCCCCUAAGCAUCUUAGUUACUCGUUACUACAAAAUAAAAUCGGUAUCCUAAAUUGCCAAGAUAAUGCACGCUCCAUUCCAGUUAGUGACCUAAUGCCUGUUUGUCGCCAGGUAACAGAUGAUGACCACCCCGACGACAGUGGUGAUGAAGAUAACGUUACACGCCUUUGGCCAUAAAGUUCAUAAUCAAAGUUUUUUUAAACUUUUAC